AUGACCAACCCGAUAACCCCCCCACCCCGCUUCGAAAUCCGCAAACUCGGCCCGGAGCACCUCGAAUGGGCCAAAGCAAUCCUCUGCCACAGCAACGCCUUCCACUCGCCCGUCUGGUCCAAGAUCUACCCCUCGGACCAGACCGCGCGCUUCUACGCGGCCUUUGACGGCGCCACGUAUUUCGUGCGACACCAGAUCGACUCGGGAUUAUCGUACGGCGUCUUCGACACAGAGUAUGUCUUCAAGCGACCCGAGUCCGCCGCAACAGGCGGCGCAGUCUACUUCCAAAACGAAUCCGACCGCGAUCCAACCUUGUCGCCCGAUGGCAUCCUAAAUCAAAUGGACUUCCCCCUCGCAUCCAUCGCGCUCGCCUUUGACGCGGCGGAUCCCAUGGACUUGACCCGCAUCACGGGUCUCAUUCAGGCCCUCCCAGACUUUGCGACGUUUGCCCCGCGUCUCGAAGCGCGCGACACGCGCGAGAAGUCCUCGUGGGAGGCCACGGGUCCUUUCCAGGUCCUGAAGCGGAUGGGGACGGCGACGCGGGCGGAUUACAUGGGGCAGGGGAUCACGAAGAUCAUGGCGCACUGGCUCAUGUUUAAUGCGGCCGAGAAUGGGUUCCGGGGUAUUAAUAUCGAGUGCUAUCAUGAUGCGGUCAAUCAUAUUUGGACGCAUCCGCCUGAGCCGUUUCGGGCGGAGGAGGUGGCGGUUUUUAGGGUUGAUGAGUAUGAGGAAGAGGGGGAGAAGGAGGGCGAUGAGGUGGUGAGGCCGUAUGGGCAUGUGACGCAGGCGUUGAGUAAGGUUUAUGUGCAUUUAAAGUGA